UACUGUUGCAUGUCGGGAAUGAAUCGCCAUAUUAGCUCGUCUUCACGACCGUAAACAACCGUCAUCAUGACGGAAUUAAGUUAUCAAAUGAUACGGUCUGCUAACCAGGCCAGAGAAGCGGACGAGCUUAGGAAUGAAACUAGAAAGAAAAAUCUGCUGAUUCUUGUACUUCACUAUCUCACAGAGGAAGGGUACCUAGAAUCUGCAGACACGCUGUCCAAGGAGACUAACAUAGAUUUGAAGAGACAUGAAGUUUGUGAUAAUGUUGACUUGGCAACUAUUCUUAUGGAAUAUGAAUCUUAUUACUUUGUGAAAUUGGGAAAAUAUCCUAAAAUAACCAAGAAAUUGACACAAAGCGCUCCUGAAAAUGACAGAGACAGAAAAACUAGGGCUACAAAACUGAAAGGAUUACAUGGUAAAAGCAACAGUACACCUGCUCUUCCACGCAUUCCACAAAAUAGUCGGCCAAAUAGUCCUCCAAAUGCAGGAAUGAGACCCAAGUCUGGUGCUAUUAGAAAACCACCACAAGCUCCUCCAAGAAAACAGGUCAAUGGAUCCAGUACAAAUGGACAAGACUCUGACCAACUGGCAAUGGGUCUGAAAGGUCUUUGUGUACAGGGUAGCAACAGUGCAACAGAUAUCUCACAGCAAGGACAACAGCCAGAAAAAGCCAAGCCUAAAUUUGGACAAAUCAUUGACAUCCGUGCCAUGAUAAAUGAUGCAACAAAAUUAAAUGCAGAGGAUGGGGGGGAUCUUGGGGACAGGUUAUUAAAACCUUUGGGUGGGUACAUGGGGUAUAAUAGUGAGUGGAGAGAACUUGCUCAAGUCAUCAGUAGGGAUAUAUUUUCCAGUAAUCCAAAUGUUAGGUGGGAUGAUAUUAUUGGUUUAGGUGAAGCCAAGAGAUUAGUCAAAGAGGCUGUAGUUUAUCCAAUAAAGUAUCCACAAUUGUUCACUGGUAUUCUAUCACCUUGGAAAGGUCUUCUUUUAUAUGGUCCUCCAGGCACAGGUAAAACUCUUUUAGCCAAAGCAGUUGCCACUGAGUGCGGGACCACAUUCUUUAAUAUCUCUGCCUCAAGUAUAGUCAGCAAGUGGAGGGGUGAUUCAGAAAAAUUAGUCAGGGUAUUGUUUGAGCUAGCAAGGUUCUAUGCUCCAUCCACAAUAUUUCUAGAUGAAUUAGAGUCUCUGAUGAGUACUAGAGGAGCAGGGUCAGGGGAGCAUGAAGGUAGUCGAAGGAUGAAGACAGAGAUAUUGGUGCAAAUGGAUGGAUUAGCAAAAACAGAAGAUCUAGUCUUUUUGCUUGCAGCAUCCAAUUUACCAUGGGAACUAGACCAUGCAAUGCUAAGGAGAUUGGAAAAGAGGAUAUUAGUUGACCUUCCUACAAUAGAGGCAAGGAAAGCUAUGUUCCACCAUCAUUUACCAGAGGUCGUGACCCCAGCUGGUGAGGGACUGGAACUAUUAUCAGAACUAGAUUAUGACAGUUUGGCAGAGAAAACUGAAGGAUACAGUGGUUCUGAUAUCAAGUUAGUUUGCAAAGAGGCUGCAAUGCGUCCCGUCAGGAAAAUAUUUCAUGCCUUGGAAAACCAUACGGAAGGGGAUGAACUCCAUGUCAAACUGGACAAGGUAAUUACAGAAGAUGUUUUAACCGCUCUUGAAAGGACUAAGCCAUCGGCCAGAACCUUGGCUGAUAAGUACCUAGCCUGGCAAAAGGAAUAUGAAUCAGUGUAGCCAAGAUCAAUUCAAGUUAUAGAAAUGGCAGUGCAGUUGCAGAGUUCAGGGUUUUGAAAGAGGAAUAUGCAUUGAGAAUAUGCAGACAAAUUGGGUCUUCAUCAUAGUAUGCCUGCAAGUUAGCAUUCAUUCUCAAAUAUCAAUGGUAGUAUAAGUAAUGGUAUAUUUAAAGCAUUUGCUCGAAGUACAAUUCUUGAAUUUAUUGUUCUGCUGUCCAUCAAACCUCUUUUUAUCAGCAUAAUAAACCCAUUAUUUACUCAUUUUAAGUCACUUUCAAGUGAAAUAUUCAUGUUGUAAAAAAAAAUUGGUUGGUGGUUGUGCAAAAAAUUAUCAUGCCAGUGCUUAAUUUUCAGUUUUACUAUGUAAAUGUACUAGCAGUAAGAUUUCUUAUCCUAGGCUUUGAAUGGGUUGUUUAUUCAAGGAAAUGAUUUACAUAAAAUAAGUGUUGCCAGGUAAAUACAGCUAAUAAAAAGACCCAUAUCUGACACUGCAUGUGAGCUAUUAAGAUCUGAAUUUUUGUUGGGGUUGUUAAGAAUAUCACUGGGGUUAUUUGCAAAAACAGUGGUUAAUUAUUGGUAAAGGGCCCCUCUGUACGAUUUUGGCAGGAAAGUAUUGUGGUAUCCAAAAGUUAUUUAGUUCUAACUAACAACUGAGCAACAUUUGUCUCGCGCUUAAAUAUACCCAACUUUCUUUCUUCGAUUAAACCUAAUGAAUAUUUAACACAUAUCUUUCAUUUCUGCUUGCUGAAAAUAUUUGGAAAAAAAAAUGAAUGAAAAUUUUGAACAAGUUAUAAUUUCAUUAUUCAAAAGGCUCUUAGCCUUUAUUUAUUAGUACAGGGUUUGUGAAUAAAUAGUAGGAAGUAUAGGAAUGAAUAUUCCACACACUUUUCCUUAAAGUAUAGUUAAUGUAGCAGCUCAUAAAGAUAUGUGCAAUAUCGAGCUUACAUAUUACUGCUAUGCUAGUGAAAUCCAGUUGAAGUUUAUUUGAAUGUAUGACUAUAAAUAUUCAUGUCUGUUCCGUCCUUAAUGCUUUACAAUAAUGCAUAUAUUUAUAUCUAUAUAUAUAUAUAUAUAUAUAUAUACAUAAUUUAUUUGUUUUGGUUUUACAAAACAAUUUUCUUCUGGGAACUACUGCAGUGUCUGUGCAUUUGUACAUUUUAACAUGUAGAUCUUAUUACAAGCAAAAUUACAUGUUUAUAACUAUAAUGGAAAUAAAGAUUAUUUUGUUAGGAAAUACUCAAAUUUGGAAGUUAUGCACCUUCUAUUAGCAUUAAAUAAAAUUUUAAUGCCUCUGAACUCAGAUAAUUAUCAAAAACCAUUUGAAAAUUUGAAUAAUGUUUUUCAAUUUCUAUAUCUGAAACAAAGCGAAUGAAGUCCUCAAUAUAACGCAGAAAACUGCUUUUGUUUAUUCAAAUAACAAAUACAAGUAAACAAAAAUGCGUUGUAGAAAUGAAACAGCUGUUCUAUAUCACUUAAGACCAUAAUAAAUAUUUUAUUCAAAGCUUAAAUAAAAUUUAAUCACAAAUAUGAAUUAAAUGUAGACCAACAGUGGUCAUAACAUAUUAAUUUACAGACUUUUGAAGUUUUUCAUAUUAAAAAGGUAGUAGAAGGUUUUUUUGUUUUUUUUUUUUUUGCCCCAAAUACCAUCACCUAGCUUCCUUGUUGGGGUGGGGGUCUUUUAUCAUUCCAAGAAGAUGUAAAUAUCACUCACAACUCAAGCCAC